AUCAGAUGAUCCAUGGUUGACCAAGUUUAUCAUGGCUGAAAGUGCUUAUGAAGAAGCAUAAUGUGAAAACGUAUUAGGGUGUUGUUUAGUCUUCCCCUACGGCCGUGUAGGUGGUUUGGUAGAGUCUUGAGGGAGUGAUGGGGUCUCAGAGUGUGGAAAUACUACGCCAAGGAAUAUGGGCGUCGAUCACAGGCGGCUGGUUCUACGACCCUCAUCAGGAUGUCUUCUGCAACACCUUCCACCUGUACCUGUGGCUCUACCUGGUCUGUGCGCCCUUCUCUAUAUACAUGUACUGUGGAUGGUCGGUGGCGGGGUGGCUGGCUCACUUGGUAGUCCUGUCGAUGGUGGUGGUGGCCAUCAAGGUAAUGAACCAUCUCCUUCACCACAUGUUUGACACAACAGACUGUCUAGAGGAGGAACUCAGGCCUGCCAUUCCCGCCACCACAAACAAUGAUGCCUCUACACCUGUCCAUUAUCCUAACUCGGCCCCACCAGCUCAGCAGAUUAGUCAGUCUUUUGAGGCAAUAGAGAUGCAGGUAGUAAGCAGUAAGGGUGGUGAAAGUGAGACCCCGCCAGUGGGUUGUAGCUCUCGCAACUCCAUCAUGGAAGCUCCCGGGACACACACUACUCAGCCCCCAGCAACCAUAGACUUGAAGGCAGAUGUCCACCACAAAGACAGCUCAGGGAGUGAAGAGGGAGCAAAAUGUGAGGCUGCUGCUCUGCCAUCCACAUCCAAAGACACUCAGGACACCACUGGACGAGAGAAGAGGAUAAGAGAGGGUUGCAGUAGUAUGGGGGCUGGACCUUCGAGCAGCAGCCGGGGGCUGUGUGUUUCAGAGGGCACGUUGGCCAGUGUCUCUGAGAUAACCGAGUCUCUCAACCAUCCCAUUAUUGCCAAACACUCUCAGUCUUUGGGUUGGUGUGGUGGGGAAGAAGGAUCUGUGUCAAAUAACAACAACAAUAAUAACAACAACAACAGCACAAACAAUAACAGCAGCAGUGCCAGUGGCAGCACACACAGCAACAGCAGCAGCAGCAGCAGUAGGGGUCAUAAGCGUCUGAGAAGAAAUGCAGCAUCGUCUGGAUCUAUUACCACAACCUCCCUUUGUGAUGCUCAUUCUGUAGACAUUGUAUAUUCCAAAAGUGCCAAAGGAGAGAAGGCAAGUAGCGUUCACUAUCGCGCUGGGAUGCACCAUGGGAGUACCUCACUGGGGUUAGAGAGUGGGUCUGGAGUAGCUGCUGCAUCCUCUACUGCACCAUCUCCCACCUCAUUGCCUUCUGCUGCUGAGCCACCCUCACACCCAGUCAGCUUGGAGGUGAUCAUAGGGGACGAUAACAAUAGGAGGCAGCACCACCAUCACCGUCACCAUCAUAGCAGACAUCACCACCACCAACCCCACCAUCGUUUCCAUCAACAUCCUCCUCACCACCACAACAGGAAGAUGUCUCUAGCACCCCCAGCCUGUGGUCGAGAGCCAAGCAACAUAUCAGUCAUUGAGGAAAGAAACAACAGUUGUGAUACAAACAGUGGUAGCUGCUGUACUGUCAACAGUGAGGGUGAAACGGACGAAGAGGGGCCCAAUAAAGGCUCUCACUCGCCUUUGUUGACACGGCAUCAGAGUUUGGAAGGGAAGAGCUCAGGGUGUCGCAGAGUUCGCUCAGGCAACUCGAGGCUGGCACCCACCCCUCGGAAUUCCGGUCGUGCGUACCAGCCUCUGGUGUUUCGUAGCAGCUCUGCAAUAGCAAAAUUUCGAGAUAAGACAAAAGUAGAAGGGGACAAUUAUAAAGUGUGUACACUUACCUUUGAAAAUAUUUAUGCAGAUGAUGAGAGUAGUUCAGACACAUUAAGCGUUGUGAAAUUGUCCAGCAGCUCCGAUGAAACAUUGAGUAGUGUAGCAGAUCGGUUAAGUCUACAUAGGCAGUCUUUAAGUAAUCUUGACUGUGAUAAUGUUAACUCUAAGUGUAGUGGGAAUGGGAACUGUGGUGAAUCUCCAGGAAACAUGGAGGGAAAUCAUGAUGAGAAUUCUCACCAUAGAAGCAGAGAGGAAGUUGUAGUGGACUUAGAAGAUGCCCCUACCAUUCCACAACAUGCUGGAGAUGAUUCCUCAGUAGUGACAGACGAACAUAGGGCAUGUAGUGUAAGAAAUUCUCAAGAACUGCUAGUUAGUGAUGGUGUUGAGAGUAGAUCAUCUAGUCCAGGAUUAGACUGGCUUUUUUCACAUAGUGACUCAGAUUCAGAAUUCGCUGAUGUUGCUCGUGCUCCCAGUGAACGCAGUGACCAGAGAAGGCGUUCUUCACAGCAAAGUGAUGAGGAUAGCUGGAAUAUAAUAUGGUCUUCACCAGAAAGUCCCACUGAAGCAUGUGCUGUCUCUUAUCCACACCCUGCCAGCCAGUGUGGUACGGCUUGUCAGGGUGCUAUUCCUAAGAAACGGAGGCAGGGUGUAGUAGUAGAGGAGGUAGAGUCUAGUGGAGGAGGUGAACACAACAGGGAAGCAUCUGUUACCAUGGAAGAUCUAGUUCGAAGACUCUUGGAUAUUCUAAACAGUUCUCUCCACGAUCCUCAGCAGUGCCAUCGGGACAUUCAAAAGCUUGUGGUGCUGAAACAAAGGUUGGAACAAGAAGGGGGUAUUGGUGAAGCUAUCAAGGGUGGGCAGGGACCACUAACUGGGGCUUCAGAAAACUCAACACUAAACAACAAACCCAGUGAGAAGCCAGUGGAAACACACCUGUAUAGAAAGCCAGCAGUACGCAGGAGAAGACACGUUGCGGGCAACGCCACAUCACCACCCACUUCUCCCAGUGAUCCCCCAGAUAUUUCUUCCUUACUCACUACUACAAUAACCACUUCCCUCACCACCACCUUCACCACCAGUCUCACCACUACCCUCUCACCAGCAUAUCAAGAAACUCACAGGAACCAUGUACCAUAUAGAAGCAGUCAUUUUUCGCCACUAGCAAGGAGUGGAGGUGACAGUGAUGAUGAUACCAAGAAUCGCAGAACUGCAGUUGAGAAGAAGUUGGAAGGCAGAGGAAAUACAUCAUUAUUUCCUGGCAGUUCUUCUCUAGGAGAUGGAGGCCCACCCCUCUCUGCACUGUCUUCGCUAUCCUCUCCUGGGACUCAUCUUGCAGUUUCCCAUGAAGACACUAGUGAUGGAGCUGUUCAUUGUUUUCAGGAUGAAAGAGGAAACUGGUUUACUUAUACUUUCAAUGACAGAGGAGUGAGCACAGCUUCCAGUGUGAUGCCCGUAAGUGACAACAAGGUUUUAACGAAGCUCCUGCGGCGGACAAGCAAUAGUCUUCAGGGGUCAAGUCAGAACAAUUGUAGUCAAAGCACCCCAGGGGCUCUGACACGGGGUGAUGGCUCACUCAGCAGUUCCUCCAUGUCUCUCUGCUCAGGGCUUACUGUUAUACUGGAUAACCAUUUCCCACCUGCUUCCUUGCCAUCUGCCUGGCCAGAGAUAUGCAAAGCUCCUACCAGUAUGGCAUCGCCUAUAUCUGAUCCAGCCAGUAGUUCAGUGUUAGUACCAACUUCUUUGACUGUACGCCGUAGAGGAUCUUCACCACCCGUUUCAACAGCUUCUGUUAAUUUAAGAGAUCAAGAUAGAAGCAACCAGGAUGGCUCAAGUGACCCUGAUCCAAUACCUAGAGUAACGGUAGGACCCAGAGGUGGUCGGGACCUGCCAUUGUUAUCCUCUGAAACACGUCAUCAUUUGCAACUUCUAAGUAUAGGGGCCCCGCAUAAUCCUCUACAACUAUUCACAAAUGCACUGUUUGAGCGUCGACGCUCUAGCAACCGUCCGGGCACCGCUGCAGGUUCCAUCAUUACUUCCGAGGCCUUCGAGAACAUAAGUUUGCCUCACGGGCUUGAUAUGGAUGUAGAUCUGGGACUCUCCUCUAACAAACUUAAGUUUCCUGUUACAGCACCACAAACUAUACAAUAUUACAAAUUUAGAGUUUUUGGAAAUAAAUCAAUGAAGAUAAAGUUUGAUAGACUCUUUUUGUUAGCAUUAUUAGACAGAAAUGUUACAUUUUUAGAAAAUUUUAUUUGUAUUUUUCUUGCCAUUUUUGUAAGCAUAUUAGGAUGUAUGAUUCUUCACAAAGAGUUCUAUCAGGAGCUAAGUGUAUUUAUUUUUUGUCUUGUAAUGGCAAGCUGUCAAUAUUCUCUGUUUAAGAGUGUACAGCCUGAUGCAGCCUCUCCCACCCAUGGUUAUAAUCGUGUUGUUCUCUACAGCAGACCAGUGUACUUUAUUAUAUGCUGCAGUGUCAUACUCCUAAUACAAUUAUACUUAGAUAGUAGCCAUUCGUGGCCCAAGUUCAUUCUCUAUGGAAUUGACUUUACCAAUCGUGUUAUGUUAGAACAAUGUAGAGACUUGUUAUUACUAUUUAUAUUGUGUUUCCCUAUCAUCUUCAGUUUGGGGCUCUUGCCUCAAGUGAAUACCUUCCUCAUGUACCUUCUAGAACAAACAGACAUCCACAUAUUUGGUGGUAAUGCAACCACCAGCCUUACCUCAGCCCUAUAUUGCGUGGGUCGCUCGGUUCUCAUGGUGCUCUUCCUGUUUGGCUUUGCGUAUGGUGGACUCCGAGAGCCUGUGGCCCAAACUCAGCAUAUUCUUUACUCAAUAUUUUGUGGUCUGACUGUGGCUUUCAGUUAUCACCUGAGCCGCUCGGCAUCAGAUCCCACCACCCUCUGGCGCUUGAUACAACAACAUAUGUGGCCGGAGGAGCUGCGGCGGGAGACAGGAACCAGCAACCCUCAGCCUCCACAAGAAGUGGAUGAACUCACUGAUCCGCUGCCAGAGAAGUUGCGCAACACUGUUCAUUCCCGUUUGGUGCAUGAUGCUAUUAUGUGUACUGUCAUGGCAGUGGCAAUAUUUGCUGUGCACUCCAGUACUGUGUUCACAGUGCUCUUAGAUGGAGAGAGUCCUGAUCUUUUCACAGUACUUUGGAUAUUUGCAAGUCUGUUUGGCUUUUUUAACCACUAUGUUAUACCACAGUUGAGAAAGCAGUUACCGUGGCUGUGUGUGGCACAUCCUGUGUGUAGAACUCAUGAAUAUAGUCAGUUUGAAGUAUAUGAUGCUGCCAAAGUUAUGUGGUUUGAAAAAGUGUAUGUGUGGUUGUGUAUUUUAGAAAAGAACAUUGUAUAUCCUGUACUUUUUCUCUGUGCCUUAACCAAAGAUGCACCUACAUUGGUUGAAAGGUUUGGUCUCAACACUGGGACACUGAUUACUGUAAUAUGUGGCGUCAAGUGUUUACGUAGUGUAUAUUCACAGCCACAGUUUCAAUACCUCAUACUGGCAUUUGCCAAGCUCUUCUUCAACUGGGAUUUUAAGGGAAAAUCUGAAACAUUUUUGGUGGACUACUUUGUGAUGGGGAUAAUUUUUACAAGAGUAUAUGAAUUUCUCCUAAAAAUGAAAUUUAUUGUGACAUACAUAGCACCCUGGCAGAUCACUUGGGGUUCUGCUUUCCAUGCAUUUGCCCAGCCAUUUAGUGUUCCCCACUCAGCCAUGUUGUUUGUACAAGCUGCAGUUUCUGCCAUUCUGUCCACCCCACUCAAUCCAAUCCUUGGCUCAGCCAUCUUCAUCACCUCCUACAUCCGCCCUAUCAAAUUUUGGGAGCGUGACUACAAUACAAAACGGGUGGACCACUCCAACACACGACUUUCAUCUCACCUGGAGCGGAACCCAGGCUCAGACGAUAACAACCUUAACUCCAUAUUCUACGAACACCUUACCCGAUCUCUGCAGCAUUCACUCUGUGGAGACCUACAGAUGGGUCGUUGGGGAGCCGCUAGCCAAGGAGACUGCUUUGUUCUGGCUUCAGAUUACCUCAACUGUUUGGUCCACAUCAUUGAGCUAGGCAAUGGCCUUGUAACAUUCCAAAUGCGUGGUCUAGAAUUCCGUGGUACCUAUUGCCAGCAGCGGGAAGUGGAGGCUAUUUCUGAAGGAGUAGAGGAAGAUGCAGGGUGUUGCUGUUGUGAGCCAGGUCACCUGCCACACCUACUAAGUGCUAAUGCAGCCUUCAACCAACGGUGGUUGGCCUGGGAGGUGACAGCCACAAAAUAUGUCUUAGAGGGCUAUUCCAUCUCUGAUAACUCAGCUGCAUCCAUGCUGCAAAUAUUUGAACUCCGAAAGAUUCUCAUAACGUAUUAUGUGAAGAGCAUCAUCUUCUAUGUGGUACGCUCAACAAAGCUCAAGGAAUGGUUAGAAAAAUCAGAAAUAGACGCUUCCUUAUCUCAUACUCGUGAUAAAAAGUUUGUGGACUUAGAUCCCAUCUUUAAUUUAAACAUAGAUGAAGACUACGACUUUAAGGAGUCUGGCAUCACAAGGACGAGUUUCUGCAACGUUUAUCACGAGUGGAUUGUGUACUGUGUGACAAGGAAAGAUAGAAACAACCAGGAACACAUUGAGAGUAGCAGAGAGUCGCAACUCAUAUCCUUGUGCUUGGCUCUCAGCCUGUUAGGUAGACGAGCUUUAGGUGCUGCCUCACACAACGCCAUGUCAAGUGUUGACUUCUUUCUGCACGGCCUUCAUGCACUCUUUAAGGGUGACUUUCGUAUUACCUCUAUGAGGGAUGAGUGGGUGUUCUCAGAUAUGGAGUUACUAAGAAAGGUGGUUGCACCUGGGGUUAGAAUGAGCCUUAAGCUCCAUCAGGACCAUUUUAUGCUACCUGAUGAGUAUGACAACCAUGAGUCCCUAUACAAUGCCAUCCUGGAGCAUGAAGCCCACCUAGUCAUAUCACAUGAAGGUGACCCAACCUGGCGUAAUGCUGUGCUCUCUGGCAAGCCUUCUUUGCUGGCCCUCAGGCAUGUUAUGGAUGAUGGUGCUGAUGAAUACAAAAUUAUAAUGCUUAAUAAAAGGCAUUUAUCCUUCCGAGUAAUCAAGGUGAACCGUGAGUGUGUGCGGGGCCUCUGGGCAGGACAGCAGCAAGAGCUAGUGUAUCUUCGUAAUAGGAAUCCAGAGAGAGGAUCUAUCCAAAAUGCCAAGCAAGCUCUACGUAAUAUCAUUAAUUCAUCUUGUGAUCAGCCCAUUGGCUAUCCAAUAUAUGUGUCACCCCUCACGACCUCCUAUGCUGACACUAACGAGCAGAUAAAAGGUGUUAGUGGUGGUCCCAUCAGCCUGACGCUUAUCAAAGAAACAAUUAUUAAUGUUUGGAAAAGAGUGCGAGAGAGAUGCGGUGAAGGCUGCUCCAGUGGCAGCUCUGGAUUAAAUGACGAGUGUGGUCGAGCUGUUGACCCUCAUCAUGGCAACAUUCCACUUCACCAAGUUUUAACUACUGUUCCUGCAAGUUUAGGAUCUGGUGGUAGUCAAGAUGGCUCCCAGGUUGGAGGUCUGAGCUUGGUAACAGCUACAGGAAGUUUAGGUCAUGGAAGUCUAGGACGUGGUGGUUCACUCUCCCGUGGCUCACUGCAUGCCAACCGUGGUUCGAUUGUUUCAACUGUUUCCUCAUUAGUAGGCCCUGCAAAUAAACAGUCGACUUCUACAUUAGCAAGUUUGGCUGGUCUUCUCUCUGACACUACAGCUGGACUUUCACGGCUAGAUCCAAGGGACAGGGAUGGGAUGAGUGAGGGGUCAGCUAGUAGCAAAGAUCGGGACUGGAGUGGCCGAGAUGUUUCUCUGCAUAGUGGGAGAGAUGGAGGCUCAAUUCACAGUGGCCGUGAGGGCUCUCUCCACAGUGGUAGAGAAGGAUCUUUACAUAGUGGAAGAGACGUAUCUCUCCACAGCGGACGUGAUGGUUCCCUCCCAGGCGGGGAGAAGCGAGUUCGUCAGGGAUUAUCAGCAAGCAGCCGAAGCACUCCUACAUCAUCACUCUCUACUCCUGCCAGGGAUGCACCAGCAGUGCCAGUUGUGAUGGGGUCCAGGGACUCUCACUUGCGAGAUGCAAGCUGGGAUGCUUCAAGCUUGAGAGAGGACUGUGGCACCUUGCAUGAGGAAAGCGAAGAAAAAUUUACCACUCCUCCUCCGCCAGACAAGCAUGUACAGCGAGUUCGGAUAAUAGAUGCCAACCAAGUUUAUGACACCUUGAAUUUAGGUCGUCGUAUAGAUGUGAUGUGGCCAGAUGAAGGGAUGCGCAAGAGAGGUGGAAGAAGUUUUUGGGGUCACUGGGUGCCAGUGGAGGGCAUGGAGGGACCUGUUGUUCACAUGUGGACACCACACCACCUGGACCCCCGUCUUCGCUCACAUGUGGAUCGUAUCAUUCUCCUAGUUCAGAUUGAGGAUAAGUUUGUUCCGGUUGCCCAGAGUGCUGUACAAGACCUUGGGGCAGAAGUCUAGACUGCACUUCUCUUGUUACUGACUCAAAAUUGUAAUAGUACGAUUGUAAACAAUUCAUGGAGUGAACAGGAUUCAAAACGACUGCAAGCCAGUCCUAAAACUAGCGGGCCUGCGCUUUAACCAUUGUACCAUGCUGGCCUAAUAAGGUUCGUCCAACUAGGUAUAGUUCUAUACACUAGGAAGGUUAGCAAGGGCACCACUGUGACCUCAAAUGCAGGAUUUUACAGACGAAUCUCACACCAACAUGGCUGUGGCAAGAUCUAGCUCAAGAGAUUUUUAUGUUAAACAUCACCUAUAGCAGUCACCGCUGUUUGCUCUGACAAUAGCCUCCCUUUUCAUGUUUAAAAAAUUUGAGCAUGUAUGGAGAAUUUAUUAAUCUAAUUUGAUAAAUUUUAUUAAUUGUUAAUAUUUAUUUAAAAAUCUUUUAUUAGAACCCUUUUAAAAGAUUUUAGAUAUUGUGCUAGGGGAAGAAGACAUAAAGCAUUCUUAAAUCAAAAAUAUGUCUGGACUUCAGAGAAAGAAAUAUUGGUAUGGUAGGUUGCAGUGUGACAGAGGCAGAUGCAUAUUAUCAUACCUCAUCUCCCGUAUUUCGUGUGCUUCCGUGCAUAAUAUAAUUUUGUAACUGAAAAACCACUGCACUGUAGAAGCUCUGAUUUCAUAUUGAUAUAUGAUAUGAAGUUUUCAGAAUACUUAGAGGUGUGCACGAAGUAGACAAAGUGCGCCAAAAAUCUUGGUAUCUAUCACCUUAUCCAUUUGUUACGGAGCUAACCGGCAGCCUUCCAGGAGAAAGUAGUAAAUUUAUUCACAUUGAAAUAAUACAGUAUGUUAAGCAUGGAUGAAAGACUUUGAACACUAGCAGGUACUACUCAGUACACUACUUGUUCUUAAGAGAAGUCUCCAGUGCUCAAAUUGUAAAUACUACAUACUAGGUACUUUAUUGUGGGGGAGGGGGGUGGAGUAGAGUCUGAUGUAUAGUCAAGAACAGUCAUUGCUUCAUGAAAACAAACAUUCUUAACAUAGUGAUAAUUUAUAUUGUACAUAUUGGUUCUUAGAUCAAUUGCAAAGUGAUACUGCUCAUCAGAAGUAGAACUGAAAUAAGUACCAGUAGUUUGUGUUCUCUCAGUUUCUCCUGGUAGAUUGUCAGUGCACUCACAUCAAGGUGAUGUAGGUAAAGUUAGAUUAAAUUUUUAAUUAAUAUGAAUAGCACAUUUUUUAAUAAUAAUUUUUGACUUAAGAACUUUAUACAAGUUAAACUUCGUCCAUCCUAUGAUUUACUUUCCUUGUAAAUGUGCCUGCCUGUGACACUUAUUAGUCAAGUAUCCUGGCAGUCAUUUUAUUCAGUACUGUACUUCCUAAAGCACAUUUAUCUUUUAGGAUAAAUCUUGAAAGCAUGUGAACCAUCCAGCUAGAAUGUAAAACAUAAACUAUGAUGAGUCAUACAUAGGAACUCUGUUAGGUGAGCCUACUAUGUUGUGAUAAUAAGCAGGAGAGGGCAUCUGUGACUUAAUACAGUAAUUACAAUGAUGACAAGUACUGUACUUACCCAUUUAUGGUGGAUCUCUUGUGAAUGAUUUUCUUUUGUGAAGCAAACAUUAAUGGUCUUUGUCUUUCAAUUUGUUGGUUCAUGUCUUCAUGAUCACAAUGUUGAAAGAUGGUGCUGUGUAAUACUUUCUAGAGGCUUCAGCCUUGCCAUUCCAAAGGAUGUUUUUAUUCCUAUGAGGGUAACAUGAGGGAUUUUUUUUGUAUCAGCUGUCUUAUGACUUCCAUUCACUGUAGUGAGACUUUUAAUUUAGUCUACCUAAAACAUAUGCAGUGAAUAUAGUUUUGUUCUCAGUAUAAAAAAAAUGUCUACAGUUGUGGAGAAACCAGUGUGAUAAUAAGGUUUUUGUUUAUUUACUUUGAAGAUAUUUUUCUUUUUAAUGAUCACAGAUACACAGACUUUCAGUGUGAAGUAAUGUAUACACACUUGAAACAAAUGUCAGUUUCCUUGAUCUAAACAAGAGGUUCUACCUUUUAUAAUUAUUAGUAGACAUUUUUCUUUGUUAGAAAUGGCAUAGCUGAUAUACAGGUACUUUCCUUACGAAUACUAUACCAGCUUGUAACUGAUUGCUACACUGUACUUAUAAUUGAUUGUUGGGUAUUUGUUUUUUCAUAAUUAACUUAACAAUAAUUAUACAUAGGAUAGUGUUUUGGAUUUUUGUCAUGCUUGUCAGAAAUUGCCAAACAUCUGAAACUUUAUAUGCAACACUGAUUUUGGAUAUAUUGAUAAGAAAAGGCUGAAAACAUCUGCUGAAACUUUGUUGCUUAUUAGUUAUCUCUGACAUUGUAAUUGUUAAUCCAUGAUUCACUACCACAUGUGUAUAACAUCACAAUAACACACAAAAGUAACUGACAUAUAGUGGUGUGGGACACACAGCUGAAUGGGUCUGGAGCUUCCUUCUGUCUGACCAUUUGUGUAUUUCAUAUCUCAUUUGUUUACAAAAAGGAAGAAUCUUUGCAAGUAUUUUGAGUAACUAGCUGACUUACCAUUUUUGAGCAUUAUAGCACUUGACAGAAAUUUUACAAAUAUUUUGCUGAUAACUUAGCUGUUACACUCUACCUUUUACAUUCCUACUGGUAAGUACUUGCAACAGUAUUUUAGCAUUUUUUUACUGCCAAUAAUCAAUUCAAGGUUUCAUACAGAUGUCUGUAAGUCUCUCAAAUGUAGCAUACUUUUAGUAGUAGUAAUUGCUUCACUUUUAUGAUAGUGAAACUAGUAUGUUAAAUUCUUUUAUGUAUGUUUCAGGUUCUCUUUAAGAGGCAUCUUAUGCUGAAAGGUACCUAAAAUGUGUGGGUAACAGUCUGCUCAUAGCUAAUCCCUCAAGGCUCAGGAGGAGUUUCUAAGGAGAAUAUGGCAACAAAAAAUAAAUUAAUAUACUUACCUACAAGGGGUGUGCUAAAGUAUCAGUAUCAGCUCAUUUUUAUGGUAUCGGUAUCAGCUUAAAAUUGAGUAUUUUUAAUUGUAUCAGUGAGUAUUGGUAAAUUUUGACAGUAUUGGUAUUAGUAUUUGUGGAUAGGGACUUAAUUUUGAAGGUAUCAAUAUCAGCAAAAAUUUUAGUGUCAUCACAUCCCAAUUGCCUACCAUGAAAUGCAUUUACACCUUGUAGAACAUUUUAUAUAUAUUUUCUAACUGCUGUACUUCUAUCUGCAUUUUUAUUUUAUAAAAAACUUCUAGUGUAACAGAUUCAUAUUUUUGUAUGUACUAGUUGAAUUAUGUAAUGGUAUUGAACCCUUUCACUUUCCAGACCCUCAAAAUUAAUAUUGCUCGCAGUGUCCACUUUAAAAAAAAAAAAAUUCUGAACGUAAUGACACUAAAAAUAUGAUAUUUGAUGGAAAACUUACAGAAUUAUGCAGGUGCAAAGUUAGCAAUCUGGGGGCAGUUUAUGCAUCGGCCAUUUCACCCAUUUUGAUCAAAUUCUUAGCUAUUUCACUAGUAUGCCUUCCAUUCUAUCAGUUAAACACAAGAAACUGCCCAUUCAGCUACUAGCGCUACCCCAUCAAGUGUAGAAGAGUCAGUAAUUUGGCCAAUUUUACACAAAAAAUAUACCAAUUUUAAAAAUAGAGUGCAAAAUCAACAAUGUAGACAUUUCUGGAACUAAAACAAUAUUUCCUCUGUGAUCUAAGUGUAAGUAGAAGUAGCAAGACAUACCUGAGAUCUUGCAUGUUUAUGAGACAAAAAAGACACCAGCAAUCCUACCAUCAUGUAAAACAAUUACAGGCUUCUGUUUCACACUCACUUGGCAGGACAGUAGUACCUCCCUGGGCAGUUGGUGUCUGUCAACCUAUUACCAAAUUGUAAGAGUUAAAAAAUUUAGCUAGAUUUUUUUUUUAACCUUAAUGGGUGUAACCCAGAGGAGAAAAUGUCUGUUGGAGGGUUCUAACACUACACCACAUAUUACCCUCCGACUGCAACAUCCCUACCCAUCCUUUGGAGUGCAAGCACUGUCCUUCCCACAUCCAUCUCAUCAUUUUCUGUAGAAUUCUGCAUAGUGGUCUGAAUUCCACACAAGUUUUUUAUUACUAGCCUUCACUGUAAGACAGUACUGUGAAGAAGGACUGAGUAUUUCCUUAGCAAGCAAGUAGGUCAUAAAGAAGUACAAAAACAAGAAGAGACAGCAGUAUACAGAAGUGAAAAUGAAAACCCCCAGAACACAAACAGAUAUUGAAUAAUGGGCAGUGUGCUGGUAGAUAAAAUGUAGUAGACCUGCAAUUGCUGCUGUAGUGUGUGUAGGUGAAGUUAUAUGAAUGGUAAUAAUGCAACCCCUAUUUAUUUCUCUCAUUAAAGAAAUUCCAAAUAUAACUGAUGCAGACUGGUGUACUAACUUAGUCAAGUGUCAUUUAUUUGAGUAUAUUUUGGCAGUUUCCAAAAUUGGGCCUUAGUAGCAAGUUUUUGAUUGUCUUAAGUUUUACUAAAUGAUCAGAGGGCUGAGGAGGGGUUGUUUAGAUGGUAUGGACAUUUAGAGAGGGUGGAGAAAAAUAGGAUGACUAGGAGUCUGUGGAGACAAAGAACUUUGUCCUUCGAGGCAAAGAGGGGAAUGUAUGAGAGUAUAGUUUUACCAACGCUCUUAUAUGGGUGUGAAGCAUGGGUGAUGAAUGUUGCAGUGAGGAGAAGGCUGGAGGCAGUGGAGAUGUCAUGUCUGAGGGCAAUGUGUGGUGUGAAUAUAAUGCAGAGAAUUUGUAGUUUGGAAGUUAGGAGGAGGUGCAGGAUUACCAAAACUGUUGUCCAGAGGGCUGAGGAAGGGUUGUUGAGGUGGUUCAGACAUGUAGAGAGAAUGGAGCGAAACAGAGUGACUUCAAGAGUGUAUCAGUCUGUAGUGGAAGGAAGGCGGGUUAGGGGUCGGCCUAGGAAAGGUUGGAGGGAGGGGGUAAAGGAGAUUUUGUGUGCGAGGGGCUUGGACUUCCAGCAGGCAUACGUGAGCGUGUUUGAUAGGAGUGAAUGGAGACAAAUGGUUUUUAAUACUUGAUGUGCUGUUGGAGUGUGAGCAAAGUAACAUUUAUGAAGGGGUUCAGGGAAACCGGCAAGCCGGACUUGAGUCUGGGAGAUGGGAAGUACAGUGCCUGCACUCUGAAGGAGGGGUGCUAAUGUUGCAGUUUAAAAACUGUAGUGUAAAGCACCCUUCUGGCAAGACAGUGAUGGAGUGAAUGAUGGUGAAAGUUUUUCUUUUUCGGGCCACCCUGCCUUGGUGGGAAUCGGCCAGUGUGAUAAUAAAAAAAAUAAAUAUAAAUAGGAGGGUGUAUAAAUCUGGGGUGGAGGGAAGGAGGGGUAUUGGUUGGAGUCUUCCUUGGAGAGGUUGGGGGGAGAUGGUAAAGGAGACUUUGAGUGAUAGGGGCUAGGACAUCCAACAGGUUUGUGUGAGCAUGCUAGAUAGGAGUGAGUGGAGGCAAGUUGUUUUAUGAUUUGGCAUGCUUCUGGAAUGUGAGCAAGGUAACAUUUAUGAAGGGAUUCAGGGUAACUGUUUAGCCAGACUUAAGUCCUAGAGGUGGGAAGUACAUUGUUUUCAUUCCAAAGGAGGGGUGGGGAUGUUGCAGGUUGAAGAAUCAUUUGACCUGUGAUAUGCAUCUGGCAAGAAUGUGAUCGAAUGAAUGAUGAUGAAUGUGUUUUUCUCUGUUUCAGGUCACCCAGCCUCAGUGAGAAAUGGCGGAUGUGUUAAAAAGUGUAUGUACAGUUUAAAAGAUGAGAAUACUGAAGGCAGUGCCAUUGUUUCAAAUAUCUUUUAAAUGAAAUAAAGAGGUUUAUGUGUAAGUAUGUGUGUGUGUUACAAAUGUCAAAUGUAUUCAGUUUCCUGAGUUCUUAAAUAUGAGUCUGAAAGUAAAUGAUUGUACUGUCAUUGUUGGCUAUGUAUGGAAGUGAACAAGUGUGGGUGUGUUGAGCAUGCAAGUGUUGAGGGUGAAUGAAAGCAUGCAAGUGUUGAGGGUGAAUGGAAGCAUGCAAGUGUUGAGGGUGAAUGGAAGCAUUUAAGUGUUGAGGGUGAAUGGAAGCAUGCAAGUGUUGAGGGUGAAUGGAAGCAUGCAAGUGUUGAGGGUGAAUGGAAGUAUGUAACUGUUGAGGAUGUAUGAAAAUAUGUAACUUUUGAACAUGUGUGAAAAUAUGUAACUUCAGAAUGUAUGAAAGUAUAUAACUGUUAAGGGUAUAUGGAAGUAAGUUUUAAGAAUAUAUGAAAGUGUAUGUGUUGAGGAUGUAUGGAAAUGUGCAGGUGUUGAGGAUGUAUGGAAGUUGAUAACAAGUAUAAUGAACACUUGUCAAUGCUGAGUAAUAACCCAAAUGGAGACAAGCUCAGAAUAUUAAUUGGUUUGUAUAUUUCGAUGCCCUUCUGGGAUUCUCUUCAGCAGAUAUACGAGUGAAAAAGAACAUGAAUACUAUAUAGGGAAGGUUGCACCUCUUUCCGUACAAGGGAGUGUGCGUUGGGGGAUGUGGCAAGUGGUGAGUGGGUGAGAUAACAGGACCUGUAGUGAAGCUAAAGAUUUAGGUAGGAAGUUCUUUUAAGAACAUAAGAAGGAACACUGCAGCAGGUGUACUGGCCCAUGCAAGGCAGGUCCAUGUCUCCUCUCCAGCUUAGACCAGUGACCCACCCAGUCAGGUCACAUCCACUUAAGGAAGGAGCAUGGCAUCUGACCUAGUAGCACAAGCUAGUCAGGUCCAACUCACAACCACUCAUAUAUUUAUCUAACCAAUUUUUAAAACUACACGUUUUAGCUUCUAUGACGGUACUCGGGAGUUUUUCACUCAUCCACAACUCUAUUACCAAACCAGUGCUUUCCUAUAUCCUUCGUGAAUCUGAAUUUUUCCAGCUUGAAACCAUUGCUGCAAGUCCUGUCUUGGCUAGAUAUUCUCAGCAUGCCAUUUGCAUCUCCUUUAUUUAUUCCUGUUUUCUAUUUAUGCACCUGUCAUAUCCCCCCUAAUUCUACGCCGUUCUAGAGAGUGCAGAUUCAGGGCCCUCAAUCUAUUCUCAUAGGGAAGAUUUCUGAUACUUGGGAUGAAGCCAAGGAUUCUGUUAGCUUAAUUGCAGACACUUAUGCAUUGUUGUGUUGGUUUCAGAUUAUGUACUGCUAACCAGAACUCCUAAGUCAAAGCUUUUUGCAAUCGGUAAUAUUAAGAUUACAUUAUUUAGUUUAUAUGUGGCAUGGUUAUUUUCCUGUCCAACAUUUAGAACUUUGUAUUUGUCUAUAUUAAUCCUUUGACUGUCACAAGCCCCUUUCUGAAACUGUCAUUCUGUAGCAAAAUUUUUUGGAAAAAAAAAAAAAAAAAAAAAAAAAAACUUAUGAAAUGAUAAGAGAAUCUUUUCCAGAUGGUAAUGACACCAAAAGUAUGAAAUUUCAUGGAAAACUUACGGAAUUAUGCUCCUGCAAAGUUAGUGGUCUCAGCGACAUAUACGCAUUGGCGAUUUCGCCAAAUUUGAGCCCUGUUUUUGGCCAAUUCCUUUGUUCCAGUUGACCAAACUCAUAGCUAUUUCUUUAGAACUCCAUUUUUUCUAUCAGUUGAGUACAAGAAACUGCCCAUUUACCGAUUUGAACUACCCAAUAAAGUGGUAAGAAAUUGGCAAUGUGGCCAAUUUCACACAAAUUAAAAAGAUGCCAAUUUCAAAAUAGGGUCCAGAAGAAAACAUGUAGACAUUCUUGGUACUAAAAUAACAUAUCCUCUGUUCAUUAGUCACGUCUCUAGGCCCCUCUUAUAUUACUAUUGCUUUCUAUUUUGAUUUUUAUUCAUACAAAAAAUACAAAAUUUACUGUUAUGCAGACGACUGCAUUUUUGUAAAAAUGGUAUACAUAAUAUCAGUGCACUAGUGAAAGAAUAUUAGACUCCCCAGUUGAUGUGUAUUGGACAUGUGGUGUGAUUUGCUUACUCCUGAACGUUGCUAAAAUUCGAACAUUUCUGCUACUUUGAGCUCAAUUUCAAGGUCGUUUUCAUCGUGAAACUAAACAAAAUCAUCUUUAUUUCUGUAAUAUGUUUUCCAUUUUAUCACGUGAGAUCUUGAAAACAAGAAUACAACAAUAAAUACUACAUGAAAAUACACCUCAAAUUCGGCGUUUUAAUCCAAAAAAACAGUCAGUUUUUUUUUUCUCAUUAUGCACUGCGUGCUGCAGGAUUUUUUUAUGUGGUGCACACUGACCACACAGACCCAUUUUCUCACAUGUGGGCCUACCAGCUUUCUUGUGCUUGAUUUGAAGCCUCUAGAAUUAUUGAGUAUAUAUACGUCAGAAACACUGGCUCGUAAGACGUAUAUAUACGACCAAAACAGUCAAAGGGUUAAACUGCAUCUGCCACUUCUCCGACCAUUGCAGCAGUCUGUUCAAAUCCUGGAGUGCUCCAUUGUCCUCAGUAGAAUGAAUUGGAUGGCCUAUUUUGGCGUCAUCAGCAAAUUUGCUUAUGUCGCUAUUUAUUCCCUCAUCUAUGUUUAUGUAAAUUGUGAACAACAAGGGGACCAACACUGACCCCUGUGGAACACUUCUUGUGACAUGCCCCUAUUUUGAUUUCUCCCCAUUUAUGCAAACUUUCUGCUGCCUAUUUGUCAACCAUGCCUCUACCCAGGAUAAAAAUUCUGUGCCUUACGUUUCCUCAAUAGCCUCUGAUGUGCUUUGUCAUUCCUGAUCUUGUAUUAGGUUGGGCACUGGUAUGUACUUCUUGGAAGGGUACAAGUAUUUUGGGUGUAUUGAAAUGUACAAGUGUUUUGGAUUCAUGGAAGUAUACAAGUGUUUGAUAGGAGUGAAUGGAGACAAAUGGUUUUUAAUACUUGACAUGCUGUUGGAGUGUGAGCAAAGUAACAUUUAUGAAGGGGUUCAGGGAAACCGGCAGGCCGGACUUGAGUCCUGGAGAUGGGAAGUACAGUGCCUGCAUUCUGAAGGAGGGGUGUUAAUGUUGCAGUUUAAAAACUGUAGUGUAAAGCACCCUUCUGGCAAGACAGUGAUGGAGUGAAUGAUGGUGAAAGUUUUUCUUUUUCGGGCCACCCUGCCUUGGUGGGAAUCGGCCAGUGUGAUAAUAAUAAUAAUAAUAAUAAUAAUAAUAAUACAAAUGUUGAGUUUGCAUGAAGUAUUCCAGCAUUGAGGAUGCAUGGAAGUAUUCCAGUGUUGAGGAAAUGGAAAUGUGAAUGUGUUGAUGUAUGGAAGUGUACACUUCCAUACAUCAGCAUUUGUACAAGUGCUGAUGUACGGAAGUGUACAAGUGCUGAUGUAUGGAAGUACAUGUAUUUUAAUUGAUGUAAUUAAAAACUGAACAGAAGCUAAGGUGUUUGAGUAUAGAUACAGCAGUUAACCCUUUGGGGGUUUCAGACGUACUAGUACAUCUUACGACCCAGGGUUUUUGACGUACUAGUAUGCCUGAAUUCUAGCGCCCUCAAAUCUAAUGAGAGAAAGCUGGUAGGCCUACAUAUGUAAGAAUGGGUCUAUGUGGUCAGUGUGCGCAGUAUAAAAAAAAUCCUGCAGCACACAGUGCGUAAUGAGAAAAAAAAAAACUUUGACCCUGUUUUUGGAUUAAAACAGCGACUUUGCACUGUAUUUUCGUAUGGUAUUUAUUGUUGUAUUCUAGUUUUCUUGGUCCCAUUUUAUAGAAUGGAAGACAUAUUACAGAAAUUGAGAUGAUUUUGACUGGUUUUACAAUGAAAAGUACCUUGAAAUUGAGCUCAAAGUAGCAGAAAUGUUCGAUUUUUACCAAAGUUCAAAAGUAAACAAAUCAUGCCAGGCGUCCAAUACACAUCAACUGGUGAGUCUAAUAUUCUUUCACAAGUGCGCUGAUAUUAUUUAUACCAUUUCUACACUAAUGCAGUAGUCUGCGUAACAGUAAAUCUUAUUUUUUUGUAAGAAUAAAAAUUCAAAGUGGAAAGCCAAAGAAAUAUAAGAGGGGCCUGGGGAUGUGACUAAUGAACAGAGAAUUUGUUAUUUUAGUGCCAGGAAUGUCGUUCUUGUUUAUUCUGGACCCUAUUCGGAACUUGGCAUCUUUUGAAAUUUGUGUGAAAUUGGCAAAAUUGCUAAAUUCUGACCACUUUAUUGGAUAGUUGAAAUCGGUAAAUGGGUGGUUUCUUGUACUCAUUCGAUAGAAAAAAUGGAGUUUUAGCAAAAUAGUUAUGAUUUUUGUUGACUAAUACACUGGAAUUGGCUGAAAACAGGGCUCAAAGUGGGCAAAAUCGCCGAUGCGUAAACAUCGUCGAAGCCACUAACUUUGCGAGAGCAUAAUUCCGUAAGUUUUCCAUCAAAUUUCAUACUUUUGGUGUCAUUAUGAUAUGGAAAAGAUUCUCUAUCUUUUCAUAAGAAAAAAUAAUUUUUUUUUUUUUUUUGAAAUUUGGCCGACCCUGAGAACAAGUCUCUGAGAGGACCUGUCGACCCCCAAAGGGUUAAGAGACAGGAAUAUGAAGACAGUAAAUACUCAAAUAAUGGAUGUGUAUUAUGUUACAUUUUGGACUUAGUGCACAGCUUUUACCACAGUCUAAUUAGAAAAAGUGAGCUUGAGAAAAGUGGAAAAACCAUAUAUAAACUUCCUGAGAUUUUGCGACGUUUCUUGCACUUUGUAAAAUAACUUUUUACUUUAAGUACAGGCUUUGCAUUGCUUGGAUAAGAUAUUUUAAUCUGGACUUAGUUGUUCCACUCCAUCUAAUUGGAAAGUAAAGGAGUUUUUUAGUGUUGACUCUUCACUUUGGUAACAUAGUUCAUAGCCAUAGUCCCCAGAGAGACCAUUUUAAUAAGUGUUCAAGUGUUUUAUGAUUGUUGCAUACAUAAUUAUAUACUUUAUUCGAAUAUUUAUUUGCUGCCAUGUAUAUGUAUACAGCCUAUAUACAUUUAUACAGUGAUACCUCGCAUAUCUGGCCUGCCAUUAUCCGAAGCUCGCCAAUAUUCAAACAGGUCCUAAAAUUAUUACCGAAACAUCCAAACAGCUGUUCAGAUGUUUUCUGCCUUCUCAAAAACUGGAAAAAGUGCCAAAAGAAAAGUGAUGGCGAAGCCACGGAGCUUGGAACUCAAUCAGUGCAUGAUGAAGUGGUACCUACAGCAACAUGGUAGUGGUAUGAUGGUUCGUGGCACCGAACUUAAAAUGGCUGCAGCUACAGAAAUCCGGGAGGCUGUUAUUCAAGCCUCACCUAUCUGGAAACUCCAUGUUUCCAAACCGGUCUCGGCGCAUAUAGUUUUGACAUGAGAGGUAUCACUGUGCAUGUAUUUUUUUCCCAACAUGCUGGCCAUCUCCCACCAAAGCAGGGUGGCCCAGAAAAGAAAAACACACUUUCACCAUCAUUCACACACAAUCACUAUCUUUGCAUAGGUGCCCACAUAUGACAGUUUAGAUGUCACUCUAAACAGUCAGAAUUAAAUAGUGAUUAUAUAUGAGUGAGGUGAAAGUGUUGAAUGAUGAUAAAAGUAUUUUCCUUUUGAGGAUUUUCUUUCUUUUUGGGUCACCCUGCCUUGGUGGGAGACGGCUAACUCGUUGAAAAUAUAUAUAUACAUGUAUAUAGGUUGGUAGACAGCAGCCGCCCAAGGAGGUACUACCGUCCUGCCAAGUGAGUGUAAAACGAAAGCCUGUAAUUGUUUUACAUGAUGGUAGGAUUUCUGGUGUCCUUUUUUUCUGUCUCAUAAACAUGCAAGAUUUCAGGUAUGUCUUGCUACUUCUACUUACACUUAGGUCACACUACACAUACAUGUACAAGCAUAUAUAUACACACACCCCUCUGGGUUUUCUGCUGUUUUAUUUCUAGUUCUUGUUCUUGUUUAUUUCCUCUUGCCUCCAUGGAGAAGUGGAACAGAAUUCUUCCUCCGUAAGCCAUGCGUGUUGUAAGAGGCGACGAAAAUGCCAGGAGCAAGGGGCUAGUAACCCCUUCUCCUGUAUAUAUUACUAGAUGUGAAAGGAGAAACUUUUGUUUUUCCUUUUGGGCCACCCCGCCUCGGUGGGAUACGGCCGGUGUGUUGAAAGAAAGAAAAAGAAUAUAGUUUUUAUUGCAUUUAUGGAUUUAGAAAAGGCAUAUGAUAGAGUGGAUAGGGGAGCAAUGUGGCAGAUGUUGCAAGUAUAUGGAAUAGGUGGUAAGUUACUAAAUGCUGUAAAAG